GGGCUCUAUCUCUCUCAAGUCUACUGGCGGAGCAACCAUGGCUGAUCUUCCAAGCUCCGUCGUCUUCCUCCUCAUUUGGCUCGCUUCCAUGGCCUUCCUGCGGGCCCGGGCCCGGGCCCGAACUCUUCCGCCGAGUCCACUCGCCCUGCCGGUCGUCGGCCACCUCCACCUCCUCUCCCCAAUCCCCCACCAGGCCUUCCACAAGCUCUCCAUCCGCUACGGCCCCUUAAUCCACCUCUUCCUCGGCUCUGUCCCUUGCCUCGUCGCCUCGUCGCCGGAAACCGCCAAAGAGUUCCUCAAGACCCACGAAACCGCCUUCUCGAACCGCCCUCAAAUGGCGGCGGUUGAUUACCUCACUUACGGCUCCAAGGAUUUCUCUUUCGCCCCUUAUGGGGCUUACUGGAAGUUCAUGAAGAAGCUGUGCAUGUCCGAGCUUCUCGGCGGCCGGACGCUGGACCUGCUUCUCCCGAUUAGGCGCGACGAGAUGGAGCGUUUCGUAGGGCUUCUGCUCGAGAAGGCAGUGGCUGGAGAGGCUGUGGAUGUUAGAGGGGAGCUCAUGAGGGUGACAAGCAACAUAGUAUCGAGAAUGAUCAUGAGUGAAAGGUGUUCGGAGAACGAGGGCGACGCCGGCGAAGUGAGGAAGCUGAUCCAAGACACUGCUGAGCUUACCGGGAAGUUCAAUCUCUCGGAUUUCAUUUGGUUCUGCAAGAACUUGGAUCUGCAGGGGUUCAGAAGGCGGCUGAGAGAGGUUCGCGACAGGUUCGACGAGAUGAUGGAUAGGAUCAUAGGGGAGCAUGAAGAGGCGAGGAAGAAGAAGAAGAAGAUGAUGAUGAUGAUCAAUGAGAGCUGUGAUCAUGGAGGUGAAGCAGCGAAGGAUUUGCUUGACAUUUUACUUGACAUAUCUGAAGAUGAGAGCUCAGAGAUGAGAUUGUCCAAAGAGAACAUCAAGGCCUUUGUUCUGGAUCUGUUUGCUGCUGGAACAGACACGGCUGCGCUUACGACAGAAUGGGCUCUAGCAGAGCUGAUCAACCAUCCAGAGAUCAUGGACAGAGCCAGAAAAGAAGUAGAUGAAGUGGUUGGAAGGAGCAGGGUCGUGGAAGAAUCAGACAUUGCCAAGCUGCCUUAUCUCCAAGCCAUUGUUAAGGAAACACUAAGGCUGCACCCAACUGGACCAUUGAUUGUAAGGGAGUCAAGUGAGGACUGCACCAUCAUGGGGUACAAGAUACCAGCCAGGACCCGGCUGUUUGUCAACGUAUGGGCUAUUGGGAGGGACCCGAACCACUGGGAGAACCCGCUCGAGUUUCGACCAGAGAGGUUUCUUCUGGGAGAGGAGGGGAGUGGGAAGGGCCAGUUGCUGGAUGUGAGGGGGCAGCACUUUCAUCUGUUGCCAUUUGGGAGUGGAAGAAGAGGGUGCCCUGGAACUACACUGGCAAUGCAGGUUGUGCAGGCAAGCCUUGCAGCCAUGGUUCAGUGCUUUGAAUGGAGGGUUGGUGAUGGAGGGAAUGGCAGUGUGGACAUGGAGGAAGGGCUUGGCUUAACCCUUCCAAGGGCUCAUCCUCUGGUUUGUGUUCCUGUGGCUAGGCUUCAUCCAUUUCCAUCAAUGUGACCUAUCCUACUAGUGUACCAAGUAGGAAAAUGAAAACAUAAAAAGGACCCUUACCUUGCUCUUCGCCACCCUUGGUUUGGUUUGCUCAAGAUGUUAAUUUCAUGCAUGCUUCAUCAAUGCUUAAAAUGUGAACUCUUUGUAAUCUCCCUUGUCGGUAUAGAAACUUCCCCAAAUUCUUACCUA